AUGAAGUUAGUUCGUUUUCUUAUGAACUUGCCCAAUGCGACAAACCAGCCUAUCACAAUAGAGUUGAAAAACGGUAAUUCGGUGAACGGACAGCUACUCUCUUGUUCACCGCUGAUGAACAUCUCGCUCAAGAACAUCAAACUCGUACAACCACACCAGGACCCGACUAUUCUCCAGUUUAUAAGUAUCAGGGGGAACCAAAUAAGGCAGAUCAUCUUGCCUGACGAUUUGAACUUAGAUACGCUACUUGCAAACAGUGUAGUCAAGAUCAAGGGCCAGGGUGCUGGGCCUGGAAACAAGGACAUAUCUGGCUCUGCUGGUGGAAGAACGAUUAGAAAGCCAGCAGCCAGAGGAGGGAUGAGAGGAGGAAGAGGAGGUGGUAGAGGAGGACCAAGGGGUGGCAGGGCCUUUUAG